GAGCUACGCACGGCUUCUCCGCUCCCUAAUUAGCCGCCGCCGUCCCGCCCUCCUACUAGGUAACUUGUUGAGAGUUUCGGGCGGAGUCGAGGAGGGACGGUUUAUAUUGGGGAGCCUUCCAGCGGACGGGGCUGGGUACCUCUGCGACGGGGCUGGGACUCGGUUGACACACGGAGGGAGUCCGCCGAAGAACGACCGAAGGGGACAACUUUUUACGGGGGAAUACGUCGACAUGCCUUCAAAUAAAGACGAUGGCGGAUGGAAGAAGUUCCUGUGGGAUUCGGAGAAAGGGGAGCUGCUGGGUCGCACCGGAGGCAGUUGGUUCAAAAUUCUCUUGUUCUAUGUAAUUUUCUACGGCUGCUUGGCUGGGAUCUUCAUCGGCACCAUCCAAGCCAUGCUGCUCACCCUGAGCAGCUACAAGCCCACCUGGCAGGACAGAGUCGCCCCCCCUGGCCUUACGCACACCCCACGAUCAGACAAAUCUGAAGUGUCCUUCAGCCUCAGCGACGUGGAGACCUACCUGCCUUACACCAAGGCCUUGAGGGAAUUCCUGGCAAAGUAUGAUGAUGACAACCAGAAGGACCAGAUGAAAUAUGAGGACUGUGGAGAUGAGCCCGCAGAAUACAAGAACCGGGGCGACUUGGAGAGCGAGGUGGGCAUCAGGAAGGCCUGUCGUUUCUCCAGGAGCCUGCUCGGACCCUGCUCCGGCAUCAAGGACCCUGAUUUCGGCUUCAAGGAGGGAAAGCCCUGCCUGAUUGUAAAGCUUAACAGGAUCGUCAACUUCCGUCCAAGGCCUCCUACCUCGAAUGAAAGUAUCCCCGAAGAGGCUCAACCCAAGGUGCAGCCCAAUGUGAUCCCCAUCUACUGCACCAACAAGAAAGAGGAGGAUGCUGAUAAAAUUGGGGAGAUUAAGUACUUCGGUAUCGGCGGUGGCUUCCCCCUGCAGUAUUACCCGUACUACGGCAAGCUGUUGCACCCUCAGUACUUGCAACCGUUGGUGGCGUUGCAGUUCAGCAACCUGACCCUGAACACCGAGGUGCGCAUCGAGUGCAAAGUGUUCGGAGACAACAUCCACUACAGCGACAAGGACCGCUACCAGGGACGCUUUGACGUCAAGAUCCAGGUUAACAGUUUAUGACUGUCAUCAAAACCAUAGCACUUUGUCUGACCACCAUCACCACCACCAACACCACCACCCCCUCCACCCCUUUUGUCCUUAACCAAAUACCGAUCUAAUGCAGGAGAUGAUAAGUGAGGGGGGUAGGUCGUAGCGGUUAAGUCGAUCACAACUAGUCUUGAAUGAAAAAAAACUGAUAGAGGACCGAUUUCGUAAUCUGUCUGCUUUCAUCGCUAGCUUCUACACUUCUGUCUAGCAUUAGAAUGUAAUUUAGAGGAAGAGUAGCAAUAGGCCUAAUAAAAAUAUUUAUUCUGCUGUAAAUGAGACUUUUCCACAAGCCAUGGGACAUUGUUCAUUGAUGACUGUAAAGUGUAAUUCCAUCUCUGAUGUGUAGCGAGCUGUGUUUGUCCCCUCUGCCUAUCGCUGCCAUGUGUGGCUUCAGUAGAUAUAUUUGGAGUGUGCAGUAGUUGAAACAUCUGGUCCUUCGAAACCACGUUGUUCUCAUGUUCUUCUCUGAGCAAGCUUUAGCAGUUCUAGGCAAGUGUGUGUCAGACGUGAACACACACACUCCCACUUACUUAAUGAUUUGAAAUAGUUAAACAUGGUACACUCUUCUGAUCUGUGUAAGGAAAAGGCUGCACUCCAGGGAAUUUCUUUCCUCUUUUUAUUUGUGUUUUUACACCUGAUCAAGGGAGACUCUUUUUACUUUGCCUUUUUUUCUUUUUGUGCUUUGUUAAAUCACUUAAAUGUGUGACGGGGUUUUAUCACUUGGUUUCAUGCCUUUUACUUCUGAUUUUUGCCUUGAAUGUAGAGUUGUGUGUCCAGCCUGUUAGACACGUUGGCCUGCUGUAAGGGCAAUGGUGCUAACCCAAGAUUUUGUUUUAUUUUUUUAUUUUUUCUUGUUUUUUUUUUUUUUGUUUUGUUUUGUUUUUUUUUUUCUUUUCUGGAUUCAUCACUGCAUUGUGGUGUAACUCCCUGAAUGUUUAAGCCAUUAAACAUGGUGGAAGAAUUUUAUAUUUAUGCAGUUGUACAUUUUGUUCCUUUGCAGAAUAUUGUAAUGUACAAAUGCAAAACCAAAGUGACAACUUGAAGAAAGUCUUUACCAGAAGCAAUGGAGUACUUGUUUUUUUUUGUUCUGUUUUUUUUUUUUUAGGAUCUCAUCAUGUUAAGUGCUAAAGUCAAUGUCUCGUCUUGCAACUUUUUAAUGGUUAACUCUUGAUUUGUGUUUUAGCCAUGAAUGUAGUUAGAUGUAGAAUGAACAGGUAACAGGCAGUUUAAUUCUACAAUGACCUGACCUUCAUGCAUUUCAAAAAAAGAUGGUUCUUACAGAGCUCCAGGCUUUAGAUGACUAAUGAUGUUGGCUUUAAUAUUCCAUGGGAUCUGUUCAUCCACAACAGUUCAUCCACCUGUGUCAUUCAAAGAUAGAAACAAAUAAAAUCAUAAUGGAC